GUGCUGUGGAGCCACAGCCCUUGGAGGUAAAUAAGGUUUCCUACAGAAAGAAAGGAAGGAUUUGAAGCAGUACCAGCCACAAUGACGGACAGAAGCCCCUUUGAAACGGACAUGCUCACGCUGACCCGCUAUGUUAUGGAAAAAGGGCGUCAGGCCAAAGGGACCGGGGAGCUCACCCAGCUGCUGAACUCCAUACUGACAGCCAUCAAAGCCAUCUCCUCGGCUGUGCGCAAGGCCGGCCUGGCCAACAUGUAUGGAAUCGCAGGGAGCGUGAACGUGACGGGAGACGAAGUGAAGAAACUGGACGUGUUAUCCAGUGUCCUGGUGAUCAACAUGCUCCAGUCCUCCUACAGCACCUGUGUCCUGGUGUCGAAGGAGAAUGAGGCGAUCAUCACGGCCAAGGAGAGGCAGGGUAGGUAUGUGGUCUGCUUUGACCCGCUGGAUGGAUCUUCCAACAUCGACUGCCUGGCCUCCAUCGGAACCAUAUUCGCCAUCUACAGAAAGACCACAGAGGAUGAGCCUUCUGAAAAGGACGCCCUACAGCCUGGCCGCAAUAUUGUGGCUGCGGGUUAUGCACUGUAUGGCAGUGCAACCUUGGUGGCUCUUUCCACAGGGCAGGGAGUGGACCUCUUCAUGCUUGACCCGGCACUUGGUGAAUUUGUCCUGGUGGAAAAAGAUGUCAAGAUUAAGAAGAAAGGAAAGAUUUACAGCCUCAAUGAGGGCUAUGCCAAAUAUUUUGACGCUGCCACCACUGAAUAUGUGCAGAAAAAGAAAUUCCCUGAGGACGGCAGUGCUCCCUAUGGGGCCAGGUACGUGGGCUCCAUGGUGGCCGACGUGCACCGCACUCUGGUCUACGGAGGGAUCUUCAUGUACCCGGCCAACCAGAAGAGUCCUAAGGGCAAGCUCCGGCUCCUGUACGAGUGCAAUCCUAUGGCCUACAUCAUUGAGCAGGCAGGUGGCUUGGCAACCACCGGCACCCAGCCCGUACUGGAUGUGAAGCCUGAGACUAUUCACCAACGAGUCCCCCUCAUUCUCGGGUCCCCAGAUGAUGUGCAGGAAUAUCUAAGCUGUGUACAGAAGAACCAGGCGGGCAGGUAG